AUGGGAGGCUCCCAAGGGUUGCCUUGCAAGGCGGGGGCGGCCCGGCCGCCGCGGUGCCCUUCAGCGUCGAGUGGAGCGGGGACUGGCGCACCAUAUCUGGCGGUCCACAAGACGGAGGCGCUCGGCGCGGGCCUGCUGUGGGGCCUCCGGGCCCUCGCGGCCGGGGCUGGCGCGGCGGCGGGCGCGGCCGCGCUGGUGCUGCCCUGUCGUGCGCUGGACGGGCUGCGCAAGGGCGGGCGCGAGGCCGAGGAGGAGGCGGCGGAGGACGAGGGGUCGGAGGAGGAGCGGUCCGACAGCCAGCACCCGCUGGACGUCCUCGGGAGCCGGCUGCAGGGACGGUGA